AUGCCUUGCCCUCAACCUCGUCGUCUUCCCCCCGGCUGGAACGCCAAUGACUUUGAGCGUUUCGUGGAGUCCGUAGUCCCAAUCGUAGGGGCAGAGAACCUCGACAUCAUCUACGCAGACAAGGAGCUGGCCGAUGGAGACUACGUCAACCCGUGCAAGUCUCAUGACAUGCACGCCGUCUAUGAGAGGGACUUUUUCGUAUCGUGCGCCAUCGUCAAUCCCAGGUCUGUCCCCGAGGUCCAAGAUGUGAUGCGGCUUUGCAACCAGCUGCAGAUGCCCGUCUGGCCCUUUUCCAUUGGCCGCAACACGGGGUACGGCGGCGCAGCACCGCGAGUUCCAGGCAGUCUCGGCAUAGAACUCGGAAAGCAUUUGAACAAGGUCCUCGAGGUAAAUGUCGAUGGAGCUUACGCUCUCGUCGAGCCUGGGGUCACAUUUGCUGGUCUUUAUGAGCAUCUUGUCAAAACUGGCCUCAGCGAACACUUGUGGCUAGAUGUACCUGAUCUUGGAGGCGGCUCAAUUAUUGGGAACACUCUUGAGAGAGGUGUCGGUUACACACCUUACGGAGAUCACUUCAUGAUGCAUUGCGGUAUGGAGGUCAUUCUCCCUGACGGCACCCUCAUCCGCACUGGAAUGGGAGCGCUUCCGGACCCGUCUGGAGGGAAUUCAGACCUUCCGCCCCAUGAACAGAAGGCAAAUUCUGCUUGGCAGCUGUUCAACUAUGGAUUCGGCCCUUACAACGACGGAAUCUUUUCCCAGAGUAGCCUUGGCAUCGUUGUCAAAAUGGGAGUGUGGUUGAUGCCGAAUCCUGGAGGAUAUCAAGCCUACAUGAUCACAUUCCCUCGUGAGGAUGACCUGUCAGAAAUCGUGGAUAUUAUAAGACCGUUGCGCCUACAAACAGUCAUUCAAAAUGUGCCCACCAUUCGCAAUUUACUUCUGGACGCCGCCGUAGCUGGUAAUAAGGCUUCUUACACGAAAAAGACCGAGCCACUAUCCGAUGAAGACCUUGAUGCGAUCGCAGCCAGACUAAAUCUUGGUCGCUGGAACUUCUAUGGUGCUGUCUAUGGCCCGGAGCCUGUACGGAAAUUCUUUCUUGAUACCAUCAAGGCCGCUUUCCUAAAGGUUCCCGGCUCAAAGUUCUUCCUUGCUGAGGAUCGAACUGAACCAUACAGCGUCUUGAAGACAAGGGAGAAGACCUUGCGAGGCGUUCCUUCCCUGGACGAGCUUCGUUGGGUGAGCUGGCUACCAAAUGGUGCGCAUCUAUUCUUUUCGCCCAUCACAAAAAUUUCUGGGACGGAUGCCAAGCUCCAAUACGAGGUCACGAAGCGCAGGUUCGCAGAGGCUGGGCUCGACUUCAUUGGCACCUUCACCAUUGGUAUGCGAGAAAUGCACCACAUUGUGUGCAUUGUCUUCAACCGCGAAGACCCUCAGCAGCGCUCGAAAGCGCUAUGGCUGAUCCGGCAACUGAUCCAGGACUGUGCAGAACGUGGCUGGGGCGAGUACAGAACACAUUUGGCGUUGAUGGACCAGAUCGCAAAUACGUAUAACUUCAACAACAAUGCUCAGAUGAAGCUCAAUGAAAAAAUCAAGAAUGCGCUGGAUCCGAACGGCAUUCUUGCUCCUGGGAAAAACGGCAUUUGGCCAAAGAAGUACGACAAACGGGAAUGGGUGCUUCGAGAUGAUGAAGCAGACAUGUUGUCUAGCGAUAGGAAUCGCGUUAUAAAGAGUCACUUGUAG